UAAAAUUUCAGGCAACGAAUUACAGGCGGUUCGGUGAACGAAUGAGUCGCGAGUUUUUGUUUUGUGCACUCGUAGUAAUUAGCAGCCCAAGCACACACGACUCAAAGAAGAAGAGAGAAACCUAGACAAAUGCGCAGGCAUUUACGCAGGCACUACCAUCUCCGAUGCUCUUCCCGUUAGUCUUGGAGCAUUCAUCGUCUGCUAUAUUACCCCUUUUAAGAGCGUGCAAAACUAUCAGGGACCUCAACCAAGUCCACACUCACAUAAUUCGCAGAGGCUGUGAGCAAGAUCAUUACUUGAUUGCCCAGUUUAUUUCCAUCUGCACCACGGUUCUGCCCACCAAUGUAUCUUAUCCCACCGGCGUUUUCGACUGUGUUACCUGCCCAAAUAUUUAUCUGUGGAACAUUUUGAUGAAAGCCCAUUGUGAGAACUCUUCUCUUGAUGAAUGUUUCUCGCUUUUCAGUCGGAUGAGGAGGGCGGUGAAUGUGGUUCCUGAUAAGUAUACUUUUCCUUCUUUGAUUAAGGCUUGUUCCAAUUAUUUGGCUUUGAGGGAAGGGAGGCUUGUUCAUGGGGUGGCAGUGAGGUGUGGGACUGAGGGGGAUGUGUUUGUGGGCUCUAGUCUGGUUGAUUUGUAUGGUAAAUGUGAGGAGAUUGAGUGCGCGCGAAGGGUGUUUGAUGGAAUGUCUGUCAGGAAUGAGGUUUCUUGGACGGCUAUGAUGGUGGGACUCUUGAAUAUUGGGGAUAUUUAUGCCGCGAGAUGCUUGUUUGAUGAAAUGCCCCAGAGGAAUGAGGCAACUUGGAAUGCGAUGAUAAAGGGAUUAGUGAAGUUGGGUGAUUUGAAGAGUGCGAGGAAGGUGUUUGAUGUGAUGCCCUCGAGAAAUGAGGUGUCAUUUACUACGUUGAUUGAUGGGUAUGCCAAGGCUGGUGAUAUGGUGGCUGCGAGUUCCUUGUUCGAUGAGUUGCCUCAGAAAGAUUUGGUUUCAUGGUCUGCUCUGAUGUCGGGGUACGUAGAGAAUGGGAAACCAGGUGAGGCUUUGAAAGUAUUCAGUCAAAUGUGGGCUAUGAAUGUGAAGCCUGAUGAAUUUGUACUAGUGAGUUUGAUGUCUGCUUGUUCUCAGUUGGGGUCCUUGGAGCUAGCAAAAUGGAUUGAGUCCUAUAUGAGUAACGAAUCAUUUGACUUGAGGCGUGCUCAUGUUGCUGCAGCUCUUGUUGAUAUGAAUGCGAAGUGCGGGAAUAUGGAGCGAGCAACUUUAUUGUUUAAGGAGAUGCCUAAACGUGAUUUAAUUUCAUAUUGUUCAAUGAUACAAGGAUUAUGUAUCCACAGUCGUGGACCUCAAGCAGUUCUCCUGUUUGACAGGAUGAUAGAUGAAGGCAUAAGGCCUGAUGAUGUGGCCUUCACCGUUAUCUUGACCGCAUGUAGUCAUGCCGGCCUAGUGGAUGAUGGAUGCCGUCUUUUUGACUUAAUGGUUCACAAGUACUCCAUUAGACCUUCUCCUGAUCACUAUGCCUGUAUGGUCAACCUUCUUGGUAAAUCUGGAAAAGUCCAGGCUGCUUAUGAGCUUAUACAGUCGACCCCCGUGGAGACACAUGCUGGUGCUUGGGGUGCUCUUCUUGGGGCUUGUAGGCUACAUGGUGAUAUUGACUUAGGUGAGGUAGUAGCUCAUAGACUUUUUGAGCUUGAGCCUCACAACGCUGGUAAUUAUGUUCUUUUGUCCAACAUAUAUGCAGAAGCUGAUAGAUGGUUGAACGUGUUCCAUCUGAGGGGCAGAAUGAGCGAGAGAGGAGUUAGAAAAAUACCUGGUUGCAGCUAUGUAGAGUCAACUACCCCAACCUGAUUCCUAUCUUUUCAGGUUUUGGUACAAUUAUGUUGACUUCAAAUGAGAUGAUGCACUUCCUCAGUUUGAAGUGAAAGCAUCUAUUUUGGCCAGUGCACCAGCAGUGCAACCAUUUCCACGCCCUUGAUAUGCAAAGACGAUAUCGAUUAAUCAGUUCUGCAAUUCUCGGUUCUUUCUCGGUUGGGCACAGUUCGAAGCCAGUAACACACUUUAGAAGAGUAUAGGUUUCACAUUGGCCUGACACUUCUAAAAAAAUUGGGGUUGGUUGAAUUUGGGAGUUUGCCCCAGUGACAAAGCUGGGGCUAGCUAUAGUCUUUGAAACACUUUUGUCCUGCGAACUGACCGGAGGUAUUCAGUGCCGGAUUUGCUAUGCAGACACUACUAUAUGGCUAAUUCAAAUCAGAGACCACGCAAGAAAAUAUACCUCAAAGAAUCUGGUUGAUUGGAAUGCAACGCAAUGUAUAUUGUACCCCUUAAUUUUUUUUUUUUCAAAUGGAUGAUUUAUAGAAACGUCCUUGA